CAAAUACAUGACUUGCAGUCGUCUUGAAAUUUUAUUGUCUGUCUUUGAGCUUCAGAUUCAACUGGGUGGGACGUCAAUACAGCUAGCUAGCUGGAGCUGAGUCCAUAGGUUAACAUUAUGGAAGACAAAGAAAAUUGUCUUCCUAUUCAAAAGUCAGAUGGCAUUAAUGCAAGAAAAAAGACACACGGACUAAGUCUCACCGAGAGACAUAUAAGAAAACAGCAUAAUGUGAAAUCAAUGAAGAAAGGUACUGUGCUGUUAGAUUCAAAGUCUGAUCACCAAGGAAGUUUCUCAAAACCUAGAACUGCCCCGAAAAAGUUGAAACUUCACAGUGCCUCUAAGACAGCUACUUUUUGUUGUGAGUCUGUGCAACGUCUCCCUUAUGCUACAAAAAAAAACCUCUAUGAUGAGCACUGGGCAGCUAAACAGGAGAGAGCUUUUGUGCGAUGGCUGAACUUUCUCCUUGCUCCCCAAGAUGACUGUGGUCAUGUGUUACCGGUUAAAAGCCAACAAGCCAUCAAAAGCCAUGUUGAGUUUGACGUUCUCACAUCUACUAACCCAAUGACGACUAAACGGAGCUCUUGUGAUCACCAACCUCCUAAAUGUACUCAGCAACUUCCGAUCAGCGGUCAUCGCACACUGUCUCGAGUGAGAAGAGCUGCUAGCCUUUUGUACCAAUCGCAGCCUUUGUCACUGGUUAUUGGUAGGCUUGAAGUUGAAAUCGAGUGCCAAAGACUGUGUUUCCAUAAGGAUAGAAAUCCUAUCAAUGAUGUUGGUGUGAAACAGGAUUUAGUGCACACACUCCUGCGCACGUACAAUCCAGUUUGGCUAAAGAUUGGCCUAGAGACGGUGUUUGGAGAGGUACUCCCUAUGUCAUCUUGCACAGGCAUUGAGGAGUUUCAGGAGGCCUUAGGACAGUUCAUUGUGCACCGGUUGUUGUAUAACAAGCAAAUUGCCCACCACUAUGCAACUGGGAAGGGUUUUAAAGAAGGAUUCAACCAUGCCAUGUCACAGUUCAUACUAAAAAAGUUUCUGUUACUGGUGUUGCUGUUAGAUCAUGCCAAACUUACCCGCCUUAUUGACUAUGAUCCCUGUCUUUUCCAGAAAGAUUCUGUUAUCAAGUCAAGCCGUGAGCUCCUACAGUCUUUUUCUCGCAAGCAUUUGGCUGGGGAAGGCGACUUUGUCAGGCACUUAGCCCUAAUGGGCUAUACAGCUACACACAUUCAAACAACACUCGAUGAGUAUGACUUUACUGUCACCAACUUAGCUGUUGAUCUCAGAGAUGGUGUUAGAUUAACUCGUCUCACUGAGCUACUUCUUGGUGACUGGGGACUAUCCAAACAGUUAAGACUACAAGGCCCUACUAAGAUGCAGAAACUUCACAAUGUCCAAGUUGCUCUGACGAAGCUAAAGAGAUAUGUGAGUCUUCCAGCUGGUGUUACAGCUGAGAGUAUUGCUGACGGUCACAGAGAAAAAAGCCUUGCUCUUUUGUGGACCAUCAUUUUUCACUUUAAGGUCAAGGUAACAUUAAAUGAAGAGGAACUGAAGGAAGAAAUUUCCUUUCUUAAAGAGAAGUAUCGUUAUCAGAGACGCCUGUCAUUUGAGCCCAGUUUUUUCUUUGAUUCAACGUUAUCACUUCUCCUAGAAUGGUGCACUGCUGUUGGUGCAAUCUAUGGAGUCACUGUUUCAAAUUUCAACAGCUCGUUUUCUGAUGGACGUGCUUUGUGCUAUCUAGUCCAUCACUACCAUCCUUCUCUUCUCCCACUCGAGCUUAUAUCGGAUGAGACAAGUGGCUCUCAAUCUAUUGCUUCUAGUUGCCUAUCACCUGCGAAUUUUAGCUGCAGCAAGAUUAACUGGAGUGCCUCUUUUAGUCCGACAACUGGAAUUAACCCAAAACAAGAGUUGUUUCUUACAAAUGAAAAAUCAAAUUUUAAAGCUCUUUCUAAAGCUAUCAACAGACUUGGUGGGAUACCCCUCCUUGCUCAGUACAAAGACAUGUCUCAGACAUUGCCAGACGAGAAGGUUGUGAUCGCUUACGUUUCCUAUCUAUGUCAUCACUUGUUCUUACUUAGAAAAGAGGGCAGGGCAGCAAAAUGCAUUCAACAAGUUUGGAAGAGGCACAGAGUGCUUAAGAAGACCGUCUUAAUGAACUCAGCAGCAACUAAACUUCAGGCAUGGUACAGGGCAAUGUCACAUCGAAAAAAGUACCAACGUCUCUUAGCCGCAACUCUGAAGAUACAAAAUUGGUGGAAGAACAAAUUGACUGUUUUUGCAACUCAAGCUUCAUUAGCCCGAGCGUCAACCAAGAUUUCAGCUGCCUACAGAUGCUGUGUACUCAGGAGACAAUAUCUUCAGCUUAAAAGCAACACGAUUGCUAUUCAGCGGUGGUUCAGAAGAAAGAAAAGGUUGCUUGUGUUGAGGGCUGCUAUUAAGAUUCAGAAUUGGUUUCGUGCUGUCUACUAUCGCAAGAAAUUUCAAGAGAUGAAAAGGUCAUGUGUUGUUAUUCAGAUGCGGUACAGAGGAUUAGUUAAAACACAGCGACUAACCCAUGAGUACCUGAUGAAAAGAUCUGCUUGUGUGAUUGUUCAAUCGUCAUUCAGAGGCUACUCAGUAAGGAAACAAAUUAACCGAUUUCAAUUGGCUGCUGUAACCAUACAGUCUAGGUUCAGAACCUAUCUCCAUCGAAAACAGUACACGGAUCUAAGACAUGCCUGUGUUGUCAGUCAAUGUUAUCGCAGAGCUGCUAUUGCAAUGAAGAAGGAAAGAAAGAAAUUCUUAUUGCAAAAGUGUGUUGCCAUCACUUUACAGUCUCUUGUUAGAGGACUGAAAGCAAGAAAUCAACUCGUAGCUCAACAUAAAGCUGCAACAGUUAUCCAAUCUAGUUGGAAAAUGUUUCACCUGAGAAAACUGUUUGCACGUGUCAGAGUUUGUACGACAUUGCUGCAGCGAAAAUGGAGGUCUAUUUUGCUUAUGAGGCAAGAGCGAAGCGUUUAUAUAAAGACAGUGAAAACUGUGGUACGUGUUCAGGCACACGUUCGAUCUAUGAUAUCUCAAGCACGUUACCAGCAAAUUCGCAAAGCUACUUGCAUUCUGCAAGCCUCAGCUCGAAUGUGUAUUGUACGAAAUGAUUACUUACGAAAGCGAUCUGCUGUUAUUGUUCUUCAAACUCAUGUAAGAAGGUCCAUAGCCCAAAAACGUUUCCUCAAAGUAAAACUUGCCAUUGUUUGUAUUCAAGCUUGGUCUAGACAAUGUAUCGUAAGGACGAAUUAUUUAGGCAUUCUAAAUGCAGCAACCGUUAUCCAACGUUAUGCUCGUGGAUCAAUAGCCCGAAGAAAAUUUCUCAUCAUUAGAAACGCUGCCAUCAAACUUCAAGCUAAUGCAAGAAAAAUGAUUGCUCUCAAAAAGUAUCAAACUACAAUGCAGUCAGUAGUAUUUUUGCAACGAACAUUUAGAGCUUAUUCGACUCAUAUGCACUACUUGCGACAAAAGUUGACAGCAAUAUUCCUUCAGUCUCAUGUCCGCAGACUUAGAGAUCAAAGAAAAUACACACAAAAAAAACGUGCUGUUGUCAAGCUGCAAACUCUUUUCCGAAUGCUAGUAUGUAGAAGAAGGUACUUGCAGGUUAAAAGAGGAACUAUUCUAUUGCAAGCAACUGUGAGGUGUUUUAUUGCCAGGUCAAAGUACCUUCGAGUGUGUAAUGCUGUUGUUUCAAUUCAGGCAAUACUACGUGGGGUCCUUCAGCGCAAGCGUUACUGUCAUAUUACAACACAAAUUAUUGCACUACAAUCUUAUUUUAAGAUGUUUUUGACCAGGAAGAGAUUUGCUCAAUUGCGUCGUUCGGUGAUAACUAUACAGUCUGCAGUUCGAUGCUUUUUUGCUCGCAGGAGGUACAUGUGUUUGCGCUCGUGUGUCAUUCAGUGUCAAGCCAGGAUUAGGACCUCUUUAGUUCGGAAGUCUUACCUUAGAAAAAGGGCAGCUGUCGUUUCUCUCCAGUCGUAUGCCAGGAGAUUUAUUGCAAUGAGGAAAUUUUGUGAGGUUAAACUAUCUGUCGCUACUAUUCAGAACGCAGUCCGUCAGUGUCAACAGCGAAAAAUGUUUUUGCGAUUUAGAGUAGCAAUAAUUAUUCUUCAAGCUCAUUCUCGUGGAAUGUUAACUCGUGUCAUAUACCAGCGUACCAUUUCAGCCAUCCUCUUAAUCCAGUCACAUUUUCGGGCUUACCUCGCUCGCAGCAAAUUCCUGAAACAAAGAGCAUCCAUAAUCAAACUACAAUCGCUAGUGAGAGCGAUUAUGAUUAGAAGGCACUACUUACUUUUGCGUCGUUCAACUAUCAUUAUUCAAGCCGCUUUUAGACUAAGUCAACAGCGUAAGGAAAUUAUAACUCAGAAUGUGGCAGCUUCUUUUUUACAAGCUAAAGUUCGUGGUUUUAUUCAGAAGAGAAGAUAUACAAACUCCAAGCGAAAUGUAGUAAAAAUGCAAGCAUGUAUCAGAUCAUUUUUAAGCAGAAAGAGGUAUUUGACUUUGCGAAAGUCAGCGGUAACUACUCAAUCUUUUGUGCGCUCUCGGUUGACAAGCAAAAAUUAUGGCCAGAUGCUAUUUGCUGUGAUCACCUUGCAAUCUUACUCCAGAAUGUUCCUGGCUCGUCUAUACUACCGCCGUAUAGUCCGGUCCAUUAAGUUUGUUCAAUCCCAGGUGCGUUGUUGCCUUGUGAGAAAACAUUAUUUGAAAAUGCAAUCAUCAGCUAUUUGUGUUCAAGCAGCUCUAAGGUGCUACCAGCAGCGUAAAAAGUUCUCUCAAGCAAGAUCAGCGAUUAUUAGUAUUCAAUCAGCUGUACGAGGAUGGAUUGUCAGGAAACACUACCACCAUGUCCUUUUGGCAAUAAAAUGCUUACAGGCAUAUGCACGAGGCUAUCUUGCAAAACAAUCUUACAAGAGAGCACUCACAUCUGUUGUCACUCUCCAAGCCUAUUGCAGAACAUAUCUGGUAAGGAAGAGAUUCCUGAAUCUCAAAACGUGUGCAAUAAGGAUACAAUCUGUUUUCCGCCAAAAUGUUGUUAGGUACAAGUUUUUGAACUACAAAAUUUGUGCCAUCAAGAUUCAAACUCUCAUAAGGUGUCACCAAGCCAGAACAAGCUAUUUGGCUACAAAAAAAGCUGCAAGUGCCAUUCAGCGGUUUUUUAGACAGUACAGAAGUAUGAAUUACAGAAAGUAUUUGAACUCAAUUGUUGUCGUUCAAUCUUUCAUACGACGUUCUCUUGCUCAGAAGAAGUAUCGAGCCAGCAAACGAGCAGCUAUACUAAUCCAGAGUGUUGUUCGACAACGUCAAGCACGCAAAAAGUAUCUCCAAAUCAAGUCAGCCUCAAUAAAAAUUCAAGCUCAAAUACGUAUGUAUCUUCAAAGACAAAGCUUUCUGUCAAGACGAGCUCAGGUCAUCCAGUGCCAGUCUAUUUUUAGAAGAUACUAUAAGAGAUCAGUACAGCGACUGUCAGCUGUGAAGAUUCAGUCCUUCUGGCGAAUGCAUAUUGCCAGACAAUCUUAUGUGAAGAUUUACCAAUGUAUCAUUACACUACAAGCUUAUGCCCGAGCAUUUCUGUGCAGAAGAAGGUAUUGUCAUUUAAGGAAGUGUGCAGUUAUUAUCCAAAAAGAAGUACGGUGCUUAAUUGUGUACAAUAAGUUUUGCAGAAUUAAAUCUGCUGUUGUAUUGUUGCAGAACAAAUUUAAACGGUAUUUAGCAUCAAAAACUAACAGUUUGAAUGAGUCUGCUACAAUCAUCCAGAAAAAUGUGCGUGGUUUUUUGUGCAGGCGACAGUAUUUGCGUUGCAUUUCAUCUAUCACUAAAAUUCAGUCCUUAAUCAGAAUGUACUUGGCUCGUUCAAAGUAUGUUAGGCUUAAAAAAGCCAUAGUUAUUAUUCAAAAAUGGUUACGAUGCCGAUUAAUUGCUAAACAACAGAAUGUUUUCUGCUUGAUUACUGCUGCUGUUUGUAUUCAAAGACGAUUCAGAAGUAAAAUAAUUAUGCUUCAGCAAAGAAAGAAAUUUAACUCUAUUAAAUGUACUGCUCUAACUAUUCAACGGUGGUUUAGGCAACAACAAAUUAAAAGACAAGAUAUGCUAAAAGCUGCAAUUUGUAUACAAUCUUACUUCAAAGGUUGGCAAACACGAAAGUCACAGAGCCAAAUCAUAUCAGAAGCUCGUCGUAGGGUUAUGAAGGCCACCAACUCAGCAACUAAGUCAAAUUCUAUCCGGGAGAAACUACCUGUGAUUUUAAGAUCUCUUAUGAAGUCAAAAUAUCUCUCGACUGCUUCUGACGUCCUCAAGUCACUUGAUAUCAUGACUUGUGUGUCAUCAAGUUGCUCUUUAGAGAUUGUGUCCUGUGGAGCUGUUAACGUGUUAUUGAAUCUGGUGACUCAAAUGAACCGGAGUUUUGCUGCCCUCUCACUGGUGAAAACAAUCAUUCAGAUAUUGCUGAAUAUCAGUAAGUGGCCUCUCACAAAGUACAGCAUUUUCGAUGUAAAAGGUUCUGUCGCAGUAGUUGUUGAUCUCGUGUACAAAAUCCACUGCACACAACCUGAAGUGCUUUUUCUGUCAUGUAAACUGCUGAUACUUCACACACACAUGAAGGACGCUUCUGAAAUGGACAGUCAAAUCAUGAAGAAGCUUGUAUCAGCUCAAUCAGGUCUGAAACGAAAGUUGAAAUCAACUUCCCACAGCAUGACCACACGUUUUGGAGUGAACGAGAAAUUAUUUUACAGAAGCUGCAAGCUAAUAGACAAAUUAGUGUCUUACUACAUGUACAAAUGUGUGUAAAUUUUUGUACUGUCCACUACAAUAGCAGUUUCAUCUUAUCUACAGUAUUGUAACUUUAGUAUUAGCAAUUCAGAUUUACCCAGUUAAACUUCUGUUAUUAUUUUUAUACAUGUACUGCAAUAAAACUAGUGUUCAAGCUGGCGCUGUGCUAAUGCCUCUCGCCAUGUUUUUGCUUUCACUCUAAAGUAUUAGAGUGUUAUUAGUUUCUAUAAUGAAUUUUAUAUUAAAGUUAGCUUAUCUAUAUAAAGUCACUGAGAAGAAAAGACUUAUUUACAUGCAUCUAUUGUUGUUAUUUAUUG